CCAAUUCGGGUUUGAUUAAUGUGCCCCGGGGCCAGCACCUCAUUUAUUAUCAUUUUCAGAGAGCUACGGGCGCUUCAGUCGCGGGCUUGUACAUACCGUGCUUCCCAUAUCCGGCUCUUUGACGAUGCCAGGCUUGAGCCGAGUAGGGGGUUUCACCCCCUCUUUCAGGCAGUAUUGGCAGAAGAAUAUCGAUGCGUUUAUUGCAUUUGUCCAGAGCAGACCGACCGUAUGUUUGCCUCCGCCGAUUUAUAAGAAGGAUUCUUCUCUUCGGUUACCCGAAAGCCGAAAAUCUGAUCACAUGUACGAGGGUUUCUUUACUUCAUCUGCUCCAACUGACCCUUCUGCUCGGGCAUCUACUUCUAGCUUGGCAAUUACUUCUCCAGAGCCAGUCCCUUUGAAUAAGGCCUCUGGUCCUCGGACGACCCGCCUUAAGAAGAUGGCUCACAAGAGGACUUCUGAUGCCAGUCCUUCCGCUCCUCGCCUUUCCAAAAGGCUUCACGAGGAUCCUGCGGUUGUUGACGUUCUCGGUACCGUGGCUCCUGGCCAUGCUGCCUCCCCCAGGCUGGACUCAGACUUGGACGACACCCUCCCUUUGUCUGCAAGACUUGUGAAGAUGUGCACCCCUCGUAUAGCAGUUAUAGAUGACGAUGAUGAUGAGGCUGAGUCCUCCGAUCAUUUUUGUGACCUUAUUCCACGCACGCGUCGUCACCGCCCUACCGUAGCUGAGGAGGAGCACUACCUUGGUGACGGGUUUAUUGGGACUCACCGUUCUGAUGUUGAGAUUGCUGGAGGGACUGAUGCCACAGAAAUUGAUGCCGCGGGCCAUACUUUUAGAAGCAAUGUAGAGACGAGGUGCGCCUCUGGGAAUGGUGUGGAGGUGGAUGUGCUAGAAAUCUCUGAGACUCGCUCUGGCACUUAUGGUGAUUCUCAUCCUCCGGCCCUCCUUCCUUCUUCAGGGAUGACUGCUACUGUUCAGGCUUCAUCAGACAUUGAGAUCGAUCAGGUGGUCUCUACACGACCAAGUGACUUUGUUGAUGCUAGGAGUCCUUCAGUUGCUCCGGCUUUGCAUAUUGAUUCUCCCUCUGUGUUAGCUGCUACCGGGGUCCUGCCUUCACUUGCCUUAAACUCUGCUCCAGUGUUAGCUGCUACCGGGGUCCUGCCUUCACCUGCCUCAGACUCUGCUCUAGUGUUAGCUGCUACCGGGGUCCUGCAUUCACCUGCCUCGGACUCUACUCCGACUCUCUUUGUAACUCCUCACGGUUCUCCUUCUCAAGGGGGAACACCUGCCUUUGAGACGACUGCCAGAGGUUCUUCAUCGCCAGUGCUUUCGAAUAUUUUGGAUCUGAAUCUUAGUGAUUUCCACAUUGAUAGUGAUGCUUUUGGUCUUUCCCCUUAUCGUUCGGCAUUCUCAGGCUCGGGACCUCUGCCGGGAGUUACCCCUCCGGGUGGUUUUUCUAACCCGAUAGACAUUGGGGAGAUUCCUGAGACUAGCAGCUUUCCGGCCCCAAUUCCUCCUUCAGCUUCUGGCAAAGUAUCAUUUCUCCAUUAUUGCGUAGCUUCUGAGUUUGCUUCAGUUCUACAGCUUGUGCAUUCAAGUUACCCGGAGACCUUUGCUUCAUUUGCUUGCCAGUGUCCAUUCAUUCAAACUGCUCUUCUCGAGUCUUUUGCCACUAUCUUAUAUAGCUUGGACAGGCAACGGUUAUGUGACCUUAAUGGGAAAGUAGUCGAGACGGCGUAUCAGGGGAUCGCUGACAUGGAGCGUCACCAAGUGGACUUAUCAUGGCUUCGGAGGCGCUUGGAUAUAGCUUCGAACGCCAGUCAUCGGCUGGAACUUAUGUCUGUGCUUGCCUCUUAUCGCACCUCUAUAGAUGAGACAAAGGCAACUCUUCGUGAACUUGAGUUGGGUUAUGCUCGGGCCUUGGAGACUUUAGAGGCACACUCUACUGUUUGUCCUCCAGAUGUAGAUGUGACAGGCAGCUUCUUCGAGGGUGUCUUUAGGAAAGAUUGA